GGCAAAUAAAUUGUCUCUUCUAAUUACAGAAUACUCCUUCCUUAUAAGUGCUUUCUUUUUGCGCUUUCCCUUUCCUUUCCAUUUUCCAAGCUCACCUCCUCUCUCUUUCCUUCUUUGCACAUAUAUAUGUCAACAGAUUGCCAUAUCUAUACAUACAUUGCUACAAACGCUUCAGCAAACACACAUAUUCUUAUUCAUUCAUUUUUGGUAUAUUUAUAAAGAGAUUUUUUUUCUAUCUCAUAUCUUUAAUUGCUGAGAUUUUUUUUAUUAAAUUUAGAUAGCGCCACUGUUUCUUCUUGGUUUUAUGGUUAAAACCCAGACGGGAAAAUCAAUGGCUUUUGGUGAUAGGAAGAUAAACACUUGGCUUUUACGGUUUUUGCUGCUUCUUCUCUUGGUUGUUUGUAAGACUGCGGCGUAUGGAGAGAUCAGACCGCCGCAGCAGCAGCAGCUCAAACAAGAGCAGCGGCAUAGAAACGCGUACGCGACGAUGAUGUACAUGGGAACGCCAAGGGACUAUGAGUUCUACGUGGCUAUACGUGUCAUGAUCAGAUCCCUUGCUAGGCUUCAUGUGGACGCUGAUCUCGUCGUCAUUGCCUCCGUCGACGUCCCGCUCCGUUGGGUUCAUGCGCUUGAACAGGAAGAUGGAGCAAAAGUAGUAAGAGUAGAAAAUGUGAAUAAUCCAUACAAGAACCAAGACAAUUUUGACAGGAGAUUUAAGUUGACAUUGAAUAAACUCUAUGCAUGGAGCCUCGUAGACUAUGACAGAGUUGUAAUGCUUGAUGCUGAUAAUCUUUUUCUUCGAAAACCCGAUGAAUUGUUCCAAUGUGGACAGUUCUGUGCAGUCUUCAUCAACCCAUGUAUCUUCCACACUGGCCUUUUUGUGUUGCAGCCAUCGAUGACAGUGUUUAAGGACAUGCUUCAUCAAUUGGAUAUUGGAUUAGAUAAUUCAGAUGGUGCAGACCAGGGUUUUAUUGGGGGCUACUUUCCUGACCUGCUUGACAAGCCUAUGUUCUAUCCUCCUGCUAAUGGAACUAAGCUUGAAGGAUCUUACAGGCUUCCUUUAGGCUACCAAAUGGAUGCAUCUUAUUAUUAUCUUCGUCUCCGGUGGAAUGUACCCUGCGGGCCAAAUAGUGUGAUUACUUUCCCAGGUGCACCAUGGUUGAAACCAUGGUACUGGUGGUCAUGGCCUGUUUUGCCAUUAGGUAUACAAUGGCAUGAACAGCGACUUCAAAGUCUUGGAUAUGGAGCAGAAAUGCCUAUGGCAUUUAUUCAGUGCAUAGUAUAUUUAGGAAUAAUUGCAGUAACACGGCUAGCUCGACCAAGUCUUUCAAAGCUUUGUUACAGGCAAACAGACAAGAGCAACUCCUUAAUACAAGCUGGUCUUAAACUGAUAGCAAUAUGGUCAAUACUUGCAGCCUAUGUUCUCCCAUUCUUUAUUAUUCCUUGUACAAUUCAUCCACUGUUAGGUUGGGCAUUGUACUUAGUCGGCUCAUUUACGCUUUGCUCUAUAGCAAUCAACGCGUUUAUGCUACCGAUGUUGCAUGUUUUGUCUCCUUGGCUAGGAAUAUUUGGUGUGCUUCUAGUCAUGGCAUGUCCUUGGUAUCCUGAUGGUGUUGUAAGAGCCUUAGCUGUUUUUGGAUACGCCUUCUGUUGUGCACCUUUUGCCUGGACAUCUUUAGUUAAACUCAUGGCAUCCCUUCAACUAUCACUUGAAAGGGAAGUCUUUUUGCCUAGAUUAGGCGAAUCUUUGCCGCCUUCUGGAUUCAACAAGUUGUACUAAAGGGAUCAGAGGUUUAAUCGUUGCGAGGACUUGAAAUGAUCAUGUUGAUGAUUCUUUACAGAUUCUUGAAGGUGAUAGAUUUUCUUUAUUGGAAGGAAAGAUCUCAUGGGGAAGCUUGAUUUUGCAUAUAAAACUUCAUUGAAUGUAUAGCAGAGCCAAGGGGUCAUAUUUCUGGUAUUUCUGUUACCUCUUGGAUUUGCACUAUUUAUAUUACUAUUUGUAGCUGACUUGAUGAGAAAUUGAAAAACUUAAAUCUUUUGUACA